GAGGUUACAAUACAAACUUACAGGUUAUGUCACACAGAAUAAGUAGUAGUAGUUAUGUUUCGUUCUUGAGAAGUUUCUGUGUUGAAUUUGAAGUAAUGCAGUGAGAUAACCAUGAUUCAUGCUCAUAGAAAUAGAAUAACUGAAGCCAUAGGCUUUGCUAACAAUAUUUUUAAAAAAAUAUCAGAAUCUGAAGGAAUUGAAAAUGCAGCCUCAGUAUUUGAUUCAUCUGUAUUUUGGUCCUCAUUUCGGUUGAUAACGCAAAGGAUAUUCGUAAAUAUAACAAAACUAAGCUUCGCUCUUUCAGUUGAAGAAAAUAUCUCGUUGGCAAAUUUUUCUCAAAUGAUCUCAAGUAUUGAGAAUGAUUUGAAAGACUUAUCCUCAGUUUUCUUCACAUUCCCUAAAGAGCAAGGAUUAACAUUGAGAUCAAUAUUAAGAAAGUGGUUCAAACAAAUAUUUUCUGAUUUUGAUGAAUAUUUCAAGUUUCUUCAGAAAAAACCAGUUAACAGUCAGGCGUUCAAGAACGAUCUAAAGCACGUUCAAGCAGUUAUUUUGAAAUCAAUUGAAGAAAUAGAUAAUCUUCCUGCAGACAACAAACUAGCCACUAUUCAAGUUUUAGAAGAAGAGCAAGCACUGGUCGAUGAUGCUAUCCAGGAAUUUGAUGAGUCAAUUGAGUGUCAUCACAUGAUGAUGGAAGAUUAUUCGGAAAACUGGAAGAUGAUUUGGAACAACAAAGAGUUUGAGUUGGCUGAGAAAGGAGAAGAUGUUUUGAAAACAGUGACAGCACUCUGCAAAAAGUUGAAAUUGGCUGUCAAUACGAAUGGCAAAUGCUGCACCGAAAGCCAAAUAUCCCAGCUGGAUGAUCUUGUCGACACCUUUAGAAAAUUAAGUCCUGCUGUAGACGAUUUUGUGUCAUCAUUAUACACGCCACAAGUCAUGGAUGAAAUCAAAGAAAACGUUACAGGUUUGAGAAAUUUGAUGAAUCAGCUUCUGAAUCAAGCCAAGGUCAGCCAUUACACCUCUGAAACCGAUAUGCAGUGGGUGAACUUUCUUGGACAAGCUGUAACUCAUAACUGCAGUAAAGUCGAUUCUGCCAUCUCGUCAUCUGUCAACAAUGCCGAAGUACAUCAACUGAUUCUUGAUAAUUUAUCAUUGAAUAAUUCCUAAAAGCUCACCUGAAGAAAGCUCAUUAUAAAAUUGUACAGCAACUUUUCUAAAACAAUACCGUAACAGAUUUUUGACUAAGGUUAUAGCCUAGCAACUAUUAUUUUUUACUAUUUAUGUACAAGUCAUAAAGUGUAAUAUUUCUUUUUGUAAGCUUGUAAGAUUUUUUUUGGUUUGUUUUGUUUUCAUUUACACUUGUAUAUUAUAAGAACUGUUACAUGUGAAAAAACUGUAUCAUACAAUGUUUUUUGUUCAUUUUGACAAGCGAAAUAAAUGUGAUCUGAUUGAUUGAUAUCUCA